AGCUAAAAUUUCUCAGGUUGACAAAGCCUUCUUUGAUCUACAAAGGGCAAUCAUCCUUGUGGCUGGAAAAACUCUUGUGAAACCAAGGCAGCUAACAACUCAGUUUAUGAAAACCCAUCUGCAGUCACGAAAGAGUUACAGUUUGUAUGUCCAACCAGGAAAUUUUAGAUGUGUGCAGGCAGCCAAUAAAAGGAGAGAUCAACAGCACAGCUGACUCAUGGUUAGGAAAGCUUUAGUUGCGUUUGAAUACAGUUCACAGCUGACUAGCACUUGGUAUCUCCACCAGUUUCACCCCAUCGCUCCAUUGUUUUUAUGCCCAUAUUUCCAGAGCCAGACAUCGAGAAAUGGCUAAAUCAUUACCUGUGGUAGCCCAUGAAGAUUUGGAUAGCUUUACCUUGACCAGGACAGGCUCAGGCUUUGCACUCAAAGCUUUCCAUAUUUCUUGGAACACUCACAUCUCUUUGAAGCUGCUGACCAGCCAGAACACUACAGAGAGGGAGUGGAAGUUGCUACUUCAGGAUAUAGCAAGUGUCAAAUACUAUGAGUCUGAACAUCUCCUGCCUCCUCUUGGGAUUUACCAGUAUCAUGGACUCGUGGGGAUAGUGACUGAAUGGAUGAACAAUGGAUCCCUCCACUCGCUCAUCCAUGAGCACCAGCUGUACCCAGAACUUCCACUGCCCUUACUCAUCAGGAUCCUGUCAGAUGUGGCUGAAGGGCUGUAUCACCUUCACAGUCUUGGACCUGCUUUCUGCCACUGCAGUCUGAAACCUUCCAAUGUGCUUUUGGAUACACAGUACAGAGCCAAGAUAUCAGAUUAUGGUCUGAUCAGCUGGAGGAAACAGCAACUGAGGUCAGACCUGAAUAACUGCAAUCAGAGAACCUGCCAGGAUUUAGUGUACUUCCCUCCUGAAGUCCUUGAAGGAGGCCUUCCUUCCCAGGAAGGUGAUAUUUACAGUUUUGGAAUCCUGUGCUGGGAGAGCCUAAGCAGACGGAAACCUUUUGAAGGUCAAACAACCCUCCUGGAAGUUGUGACAGGAAUCUGCAGUAAUUUACGGCCUGGCAUUUCAGAGAAGUUUAUACCAAGCAAUUUGCCUGAGAGGAAUAGACUUUUGCAUCUUAUCACUCUGUGCUGGCAUCAAGAACCAGAUUACAGGCCACGUACUACCGAAUGUGCAGACCUUCUAAAUGGAAUUUUGACCAGUAUAAGUAAGGAGGCAAUUUCCACUGCAAUCUACAGUCUGAUGGAUGCAAAGGAGACAGCACUUAAUGCCUGCAAAGGUUCAGAAAUAUACACAUUGCAGACAGGCAUAUGCAAUUCAGAGGUCAUCUGUCCACAAAAAAAUACCCACUUAAUCAGCAAGAAAAUUCCUUUCAUAGUGCCAAGUUUGUCAACUAUUCUACUUGAUAAAGGUGCAAACAACACACGAAGGGAAAAUAUUCUAGAGACAGAUCACCCAGGCUCUGACAGUAGAAAAUCAAAUUCCUUUUGCACAAUUCCCUUACCUGGUUCAACUGCAAGCAAAGAAAGCAGUCAGCGUAACAAGCCAGCACUGGCUCUGAAGCACAGAGCACAACCUUUGCAUCUUGAACAAGCAGUUACAGAUCCUUGCCGCAAAGGAAACUGCUGUCAAAUACUAGCCUGCCAGAGACAGGCCAUACUGAACUGCAUGACAGAAGGACGCCUCAACCACAUCCUUGAUGUCCUUCGCUCACAGCAAAUGUUGUCCCGAAUGGAUUAUGAAACAAUUACCUCUUACCCCACAGUGACUGGCCGUGCUCGGGCAUUGUUGGACAUUUGCCUUUGCCUUGGAGAGAGGGCAGCCCAGGCAGUAGUGACUGUACUUUCAGUGACCAAAUGCAGCCCUCUGGGACAACGCAGCCAUUCCCCAGACUAUCCUGCUAAGGGAAACAGGUUGAUGUUGUGACAAGGUUUUUUUCCAAUUUAUUGCAUGCAUCAGAGCACUGGUAAUUUGUCAGUAAAUGAUUCAUGUUAAUUCCUCAUAACCCAUUGACUGAAGUCACUCCUUUCUACAUAAGAGAUUAAUGUAAUGUGAAAUAUCAAACUGCUUAAAGCUUAUGGUAUUGUGCUUGUACUCAAGCUAGUUCAUUAGCUAAGAUUUCUAUUGUCAUUGCCUCCAUGUCUGCAGUUAUCCCGAUAUCACAAAAUAAUACAGAAUAAAUUAUACCAAGAAAGAGUAAA